UCAUCAAUCAAAUCUGGACCAAAAAUCAAAGAUCGCAUGACGUGUCAACUUAUUAGCCCUUGAUUGGUACUAGACGGCUGGGAUUGCAACCCGAUCAAAACUACAGUUGCAGCAGAGAACAAAAGGUAGUUGCAGUUUUAAGGAACGAAAGCAGAACCCAGAAGUAGAAAGGAGCCGCGCCAACCAAACUAACAUCGGAGACAUAUAAUUUGCUUGUGUUCUGUCCUGGGUUUUAGGCGCAAUCGAGAAGUGUAGAUAUUUAACAGACAACCUGAUGGUCUAAAUAACCAAACAUAAAACACCAACAAACCAAAACUCUUGCUUGUUGCAAUCAGGGAUGGGUGACAGUUAUGUCAUUCACACCCCAACUAUUUCCAGCAAACAGAGCCCGAAGAAAACAAAGAAGAAAAAGCGAGGGGGAAGUAAGAAGAAAAUGACCACUGAGCAGACUAUGGCUUUCAAGUCUGUGAGCGAAUGGGUUUAUUUGGACCAAGCUUCUUCACCGGCUGCCACUGCAGCUUCUUGUGUUGUAGAUGAUUUCGGGGUUCAGAAGACUCUUGGAAAAGGCGGAGAGAAGGUAGUGUUUGAAUUGCAUUCACAUUCAAAGUGCAGUGAUGGGUUUCUUUCACCUUCCAAGUUGGUUGAAAGGGCUCAUGGAAAUGGGGUGAAAGUUCUUGCUCUGACAGAUCAUGACACAAUGUCUGGCAUUCCUGAGGCCCUAGAAGCAGCUCGGAGGUUUGGCAUAAAGAUAAUUCCUGGUGUUGAGAUCAGUACAAUUUUCCAACCAAGAGGAGAGUCUGAACUGGAGGAACCGGUGCACAUCCUUGCAUAUUACAGCAGCUGUGGGCCAACAAGUUUUGAAGAGCUUGAAAAGUUCUUGUCUAAUAUAAGGGAUGGUCGUUAUCUUCGUGCAAAGAAUAUGGUCUCCAAAUUGAACAAGCUUAAGUUUCCUCUUACAUGGGAACAUGUUGCAAGGGUUGCAGGCAAGGGAGUCGCUCCUGGAAGAUUGCAUGUGGCCCGAGCCAUGGUUGAAGCCGGUUAUGUGGAAAAUCUGAAACAAGCUUUUGCGCGCUAUCUUUUUGAUGGUGGACCUGCAUACUCCACGGGAAGUGAACCUCCGACAGAGGAUGCAAUAAAAAUGAUUCGUGAUACAGGAGGUGUGGCUGUGCUAGCUCAUCCUUGGGCAUUGAAAAAUACAGUUGCCAUCAUCAGAAGUUUGAAAGAAGCUGGUCUUCAUGGGAUGGAAGUUUACAGAUGUGAUGGAAAACUGACUGCAUACAGUGAUCUGGCUGAUACUUAUGGUCUUCUGAAGCUAGGAGGGUCAGAUUACCAUGGCAGAGGUGGGCAUAGUGAGUCCGAGCUGGGUAGUGUGAACCUUCCAGUUUUGGUUUUGCGCGACUUUCUUAAAGUAGGUCGACCAAUUUGGUGUGGUGCCAUUGGUCACAUAUUAGAGAACUAUGCUGAUGAACCUUCAGAUUCGAAUCUAGCAAGUAUUACAAGGUUUGGGAAGGGAGGUUCCUCCUUAAGCUGCGGCAAGGAGAUGAUUGAUCGUUGCUUGUUUUCAUGGUUGACAAAUGAAGAGAGACAAAAUGCACUUUUUGAGGCCAUUAAAGUGAAGCUUUCUCGUAUUUCAAUUAAUAAGGGAGGAAACCAGGUUGCUAUAGAAAGUUUAUAAUCAUUAUUCAUCAUAGUGAAUUUUGAGCAACUGACUUUUUUUUUUUGUGUGGAGCUUUCAUUGGCAUUCUCCCAGAUGUGAUUCUGCAGUCCUAUUUCUUUAUAUUUGUUUUUUUCAAUUUAAUUCUGGUAAUGCAUGUACCAAUAGUAUUCUC